AAUUGACAACUAACGCUUUAAAAAAAUUAUGUCAUCUGCUAGCUGUAUCUUCUGUAAGAUAAUCAAGGGUGAAAUCCCUUCAUUCAAGUUAAUCGAAACCCCAUUAAGUUUUGCAUUUUUAGAUAUCCAACCCCUUUCUGAAGGACAUAUUUUGGUUAUCCCUAAGCACCACGGAGCCAAGUUGCACAACAUCCCUGAUGAAAAUUUGGCUGAUAUUUUGCCUGUGAUCAAGAAAUUGACCAAGGUUUUGAAAUUGGAUGAAAACGAUACUCCGGAAGGAACCGGUUAUAAUGUCUUGCAAAACAAUGGUCGUAUCGCUCAUCAAGAAGUUGACCAUGUUCACUUCCACUUAAUUCCAAAGGUUGAUCCAAAGACUGGGUUGGGCGUUGGAUGGCCAGCACAAGCUACUGAUUUUGAUAAAUUGGGUAAAUUACAUAAGGAGUUGAUUGAAAAGUUGGAAAAGUUGUAAGAUUAAGGGGAGGUGACGGGAUUUGUUAAAAGAUUUAUAUAUAUUAAAUUGAUAAAUAAAUAUGAAUUAUUCAUUAAAAUGCGAUUGUAUGCUGUUUUUUUCCUCUCUCGUAAAUAUGCAAAAGUGUUAGAGAAUGCCUCCGAUUAAUCCACCAAGAUAUCCCAUGAUAUAACUUGUGAAAAAGGUUAAUGUUGUAGCUCCAAAUGGAAAGUAACUAAAGGUGUAAUAAAGAACCGCAAAGAACUCAAUCAAACUGGAAAAUAUUGUAGCAAUUGUACUCUUAAUCACCACAGCACUAUAAAGUGUUAAUAAAAUACUGGAAAAGAACACUGUUGUAAACACAAUACGGUCCCUCGAAGUUAAAUGCCGUAUGUAGUUGUAAGGACCUUGUAAUACACCAAAUGAUACCACGAAUAACACUGAUCCACCUGUCCAUAACAAAGCAAAUUUUCUUGGUCGGAGUGCCAAUACGGGGAACAUAAAAAAACAUAAGACAAAACAUAACACGGAAGCAGCAAGACAACAACUGAAUCCAAUCAAUCUCUCAACUCGAGAUAACUGGAACCAUCGCGGUUCGUCAACAUUUGUUGCAUUUGUAUUACCUAGUUCUUGCACUGAAGUAGGAAGUUUGGUAUACAAGUUAUUUGCACCUGUUUUCACAUAAUCUGUCCAGUCGGAAAGAAUAGGUCGAGGUGCGUUGGCAGAAGAAGAUCCUGAAGUUGAUCUUUGGUUCCAGUUCUUGAACAGCUGUCUAAAUACAUUUUCUGUGUCGGCUGACAUAUCCAAUAAAGAUAAAGGUGAUAACAGAUAAUAAUAACUGACCUGUGUAACUAUUC